AUGAGCAAGAGUUUAGCUUCAUUAUUAAGGGGAUCCCGUCUUUCUCAGUUAUAUCGAUCUAACAAGCCACUAACUUCAGCAUUACCAAAAUAUCAUCCGUUUCAUCAAAUUAUUGAGACUAAACCACAUGCUAGGGAUGAAUUUCAAGAAUGGGGGUUAAAAUCCACUAUUCCAAAUGGCAAAUUCAAAACUAGAUAUAUUGUUGUUAGUGAACUUGAUACUUUAGAAAGACUAGCUACUUUUGAACCAAAUAGUGGUGGCUAUAAUUGGAACAGAUUACGGUUUCAAGAAAUGAAUUUAUCUCCUGAUUAUUCUGGAUUUUUAAAAGAUAUUGGCAAUAAUCCAUAUUUUGAGUAUAUUAAAUCUAAGUUAAGCACUCCAGAUGAAACUAUAAAGCCAUAUACUACCGAAAACAAACAUGCUUUUGGAAAAAAUAUAAAUGACUUUUAUAAACAAAAUCAAGAUUGGACGUCUUUAAGAAAGAGUUACACUGAAUGGGUUUUUCAUACUUUUGUUAAAGAAAACAAAGAUGUUCCUAUCGAUUCAAUUGAAUUAUACUUGCACAAGAUUUAUACUGAAAAAAAUAAGAACCGACCAAGUACUUUAGGUAGUAAGAUCAUUGGUUCUGGUGGUUUAAGCUACAAUUUAAAGAAUAGGUUAAAGACAACACCAGAUGGUAUUUUGAAUAAAGAAAUUGUACCAGGUAGAUUUUUAAACGCCGAUAGGCUAGACAGGAGGUUAGUUGCUGUUGGUGGAUUUGUUGCCAAUACCACCAACAAUAGCAAUGAUGCUUUAAAGAAUGUUACUCAAAUUGAAAGAAACAUAGGGGCUGGUAAUGCCAGAAAAUUAAGAUGGCCUUUUAGAGUUGAAUCUGCCGUCAUUCAAGAAAAUGGGUCUGUUUCCAUUACAGUCAAACCUAUAAAGGGUAUUUCUGAAUCAAAUAGAUAUAAAACAUCCAAUAAUAUGGGAAGCAUGGCCAAUCAAAGAAGAAGAAAAAAUAGGCCACCUCAGCCCGCUUCUGUAAAUGAAUCUGAAGCAAAAGAAUUUGCUAAUGAAUUAUUGAACUUGCUCAAGAAUAAUAAUAUGAAAAAUUAA